AUGCAUCCUGACUGGCCAGAGACCCCAGCUGACUUCAUGCCACUGCCGCAGUGCCCAGGCCCGAAGUUGCAUGCAUUUCAGUUUCAUGAUCCUCAAGAUAUAAAAUUCAUCUCUUAUAUUGGACAAGGACUUCAUGCUCAUGUUUUGAAGGUCGAGAUCAAGGGCCAGGAGUAUGCGCUCAAGCUGUUCCGUUUCGUCUACGAAGAAAACUGGGAAGGCCCCGGAGAGUACUCGGUUAAUAGUACGCGCGAAAAGUUAACUGUCCUUGCCCAGUACUCAGACCCGUUUUACAGUGAAUGCCGCGCGUUUGGGCGUCUGCACGAAACAGGCCACACCGAGCUUGCCAUCCCUUGUUAUGGCUAUGUCUUACUGGACGAGGCGCAUGAGCGCAAGCUCACCGAGCAGUUCAAGCUCGAAUACAACGGUAGCAUUGAUUUUCCUGGCGACGAAGACAUGCGCGGGCUCUAUCUAGGCGAGCGCAGUGGCAAGCCGCCGCCACUUCGUGGCAUCAUCAAGAAACUCGGGUCUACCAUAGACCCCUGGAGCCCGGCCAACGUUAGGGUGCGCACCAUGCGGCGAAUUCUGCGGGACACGAUUCGCCUUCACCAGCUGGGCAUUUUCUACCUCGAUUUGCGGCCUGAGCAGCUUGUGGACAAUAUGAUGUGCGAUUUUAGCACCGCCUUCACUGUUCCGCAUUUCAUGGCCAGUCCCGAGCUGAAUCCCAAACUGGCCGAGAAGGAUCUGGCAGCCAUGGAGCACGAGGUAUUCUUGUACACCAUUAACGACUACUGGUGUAUUGAGGAUAUGGUUCUGAUAUCUCGUCGGUACUCCCGCCAAAAAUCCAAACUCCUCGAAAAGAUGACUGUGUUCCCCUGCGGGGUGCGAGGACCGCAUUGGACAAACACGUACUACAAUCUCCGACGCAAGCCUUCUCGUGUUAAAGAGAUGCUUCGGAUAUAUGCGCUGGCUGAUCCCCGGCAAUUCGACUGGAAGGCCAGCGCCGCACUCAAGGACAACGAUAACCAUAAAUUGCGGCUGGCUAAAACACCCAAACUGUGGUAUCUUCCAUGCACGCCAACAAAAGCGCUCGAAAUGAAAUGUGAUCGCACGUUAUGUUCCACGCUGGAAUGGUUUGUGGAUGAUGCCGGCUUGAUUUUCCCAACCAAAAGAGGAUAUGGUCCUCAUAUACGCCAGAUUCAGCAGGAGAGGAAAGAAGCGAACUCCGAAGAAACGGGUGUUCCUGAAUUAGCAGCCCCCUAG